CAUAAUCAUCAGCAACAAUAUCAACAUACUCAUCAACCCGGCAUUCCUAACAACACUACUAUUACUCCUGAUAACAAUUAUCAACAACCCACGUCAAACAAUAACGUUACUAUUUCUAAUGAUAAUAAUCAUCACGAUUCAAACAAUAUUCCUCAUAAUAACAAUCAGCAGCAAUCCACGUCCAAUAACGUUUCACUUCCGCAACAAAAUCAACCUAGUGAUUCAUCUCAAUCUAAUAUCCUUCCUCUGCUUAAUUCGUUUGGUAUUAAUAUUAGUUCUCCUCAGUCGACUAUUAUUAUUAUGCCUACAACUAAUUCGGAUAUUCAAAAUCAGCUUCAGCAAGCGGUUCUUGCUUAUUUAAAUCAUCUUUCAACGUAAACUCGGUUUCAACAAUAAAUUCGUAAUAUUCAAUGAAUAGGGUUUUUUCAUGUUUAUUCUUUAUUCUUUAUUUAUUUAUUCCUUUGUUAGUAAAGUUACUACUGUCGCAGUAGAAAUAUAUAGUAUAACUAGA